CCUAAAGAGUGAACCAUAUGCAAAUUGCAUGCAAAUCAGCGAGUACGCAAAUGCUGACCUGCCGGGGUGGGGGAGGGGGGCGGCCCUCGUUGGGUUCCCAGGCCUAAGGGUCUGGCUACCGGGUUAGGCAGCCCUGAGGGAGAGGCCAAGUCUCACCAGCUCCCUCCCCCAGCCCUGGAAUUGCGUGGACCCAAAGAGGGUCCUGGAGAAAGAACUCGCAGUUUGGGAAGGGGAGUCAGCCAUUCAGCCCCUUCCUCACCCUCCUGCUCCCCGGCCACAGCGACUGUCGUUGGGCAAGAGAGGUGUUGGGUUACUGCCGGGGGCUAUAGUUAGCUGUGGGACUCAGCGGGUCCGCUGGGUUCCCGGGACCAGCCCGCCCGUCCAGACACCGACCAACCGGCACCCGCUGGCCUGACCACACCUUCCCGCUCUCUCGGCCUCCGUGACCUCCAGGCCAGGGCCCCGCGUCCUGGACCCUCUUCACUCCACAGAAGAAACGGUGUGGGUCUCCUCCUCCAGCCGCUGACGCCAAGGCUGCACCGCUGCCGCUGAUCCCACCCGCCUCCGGACCUCGCUCUCCUGUCUCCCCCAGAGAUGAUGCAGGCUGCUCUGCUGCUCACCCUCAGCUGCCUGGGCCUUCACGCCUUCUGGCAGGCCCAGGCUGUUCCCAUCCUGCUCCUGGGCCUGGCUCCAGACACCUUUGAUGAUGCCUAUGUGGGCUGCGCAGAGGAGAUGGAGGAGAAGGCAGCCCUUCUGAUGAAGGAGGAGAUGGCCCGCCAUGCGCUGCUGCGGGAAUCCUGGGAGGCAGCCCAGGAGGCCUGGGAGCAGAAGCAGCGAGGGCUCACACUGCCCCCUGGCUUCAAAUCCCAGCACGGAAUCGCCAUCAUGGUCUACACCAACUCAUCUAACAACCUGUACUGGGAGCUGAACCAGGCGGUGCAGACAGGCGGUGUCUCCUGGGAGCACUACAUGAGGCACUUCCCCUUCAAGGCCCUGCAUUUCUACCUGACCCGGGCCCUGCAGUUGCUACAGGGGAGCAAGGGCUGCAGCAGGGGACCUGGGCAGGUGGUGUUCCGAGGUGUAGGCACCCUUCGCUUUGAACCCAAGAGGUUGGGGGACUCUAUCCGCUUGGGCCAGUUUGCCUCCAGCUCCCUGGAUGAGGCAGUGGCCCUCAGGUUUGGUAAUGCCACCUUCUUCUCCCUAAGGACUUGUUUUGGGGCCCCCAUCGAGGCCCUGUCUGUUUUUCCCAAGGAGCGCGAGGUGCUGAUCCCUCCCCACGAAGUCUUCUUGGUCACCAGGUUCUCCCAAGAUGGAGCCCGGAACCUAGUGACUCUCUGGAGCCAAAAUAAGACCUGCAGCCACUUUAACUGCGCCUAUCUGGGUGGGGAGAAGAGGCGGGGCUGUAUGUCUGUACCAAGGGGGGCAGCCAGACCCACUGUCCAACAGGGCCUUCUUUCUGCUCUCCUGGAAGACCCUACACUUGGCCCCCAUGGGGUUCCAGCUCUCGGGAGCUGGGCCCUUGAAAGUUCAAUGCCUACCACUUAGGAGUCCUGCGAACUGUUGACCUUCAUAUGAAGAAGGGGGCCUUCGAGCAGCCUCCAGAAGCAAGAACAUGGUUUCAGACCCAGCCCUAGAAGCCAUCUCCCCAACCACGAUGUGGGGGAACCUGAGGCCAUGGCAGGGUGGAGACUCCCUGGGACAAGUAAAGGUAGUGCUGUGAUGACCUCUUGAUUAAACAGUGUUGGAGUGUGGUGACAUCGAAUUUCAUGAUCAGUUUAUUCCAUGAGACUGGACCAUCUGCCCUGCUCUGGCCUUGCAGGACUGAGGGACUUAAAAGAAUGACUUCUUUCUCUCUAUUAGACAUGGUCCCCUGUGCAGACCCCUGUCACACCCAGAAGCUUUAACAGCCCGAGGUUCCUCUCAACAUUCUGAAGGCAGGAAGGGGACAGAUGGAUUCCUCGGCUCAUUCGUCAUAUGAGGAAGGCAAAGCCAAGGAGGAAAGCGACUUGCUCAAGGUCAGGAGUUAGUGUUGAAACCAGGCCCCCUGCUUCGCAGUCCAGAACUCUUUGCACUAAAGAGCUGAAGGAACUCAAGGUAGGAUCCUAAGCCCAAGAUACUUGAGGCCCCAGAACAAACCAUUUCUCUCUGCCCUGCUCCCACAAGGGUCUGUUUUGGGGGAGGGAAGGGGUCAUAAAACAUGAAGAGACAGCGAUUCUCAUACACCCUGGAGGUAUCUGACAUCCUGAACAGAAACCUUAUCGAGGUGAGGAAUGCAGUGCAGGCUCCUACAAGAUGACCCCCACCCUCAGCAUGUAGCUGCCCUAGUCAGCCACAGAAGGAGCCCUCCCACUGCAGCAAGAACCCUCCUUGGUUCCCAGAUCUUCCUUCUGAGCAGGUCCCCAGCCCCCUCUGACUCUUGCUGCGUAUGCA